GCGAGUGAGUGCUUUCCAGCACUAGCUGCGAUCGCACUAUUUCAGUCUUCAGUGAGCGUGCGUCGGCAUUGGCAGCAAGUUGGCUAAAAGCGGAUCGAUCCUCCUCAGUGACCAACCCCCGAUCUCUCCAUCGCCCCCCGACACUUUUGCUUGCCCAACCGACUUGGAAUCUCAGCUGCAAAUUGGCGCCGCCGACGAAUCUCGAGCCCUAUACGAUGGCUGUCAUCACGGAACAUGGCGGCACCAAGACCACCUCCUCCCCGGAAAACAACAACAGCAUCGGGAACGGAAAGCUCCGGGUCAACGGUCAGCAGCUGAGCACCUCGCUGACCAUUCCGGAGUUCUUCGCCCACAAGAACAUCUUCGUCACGGGCGGCACUGGAUUCCUUGGCACCGUCCUCAUAGAGGCUCUUCUGGACACACAUCCCGACAUCGGAACCAUCUAUGUCUUGGUCCGCGGCAAGCGCAAGUUCGAUCCGAACGAGCGGAUUCGUCGACUGCUCCAGAAGCCGAUCUUCGAGAAGUACUCAGAGAAGACUCUGUCCAAGGUGGUCCCUGUGGUGGGCGAGCUGAGUGAACCGAACUUCGGCUUCGGGCCCGAGCUGCUGCAGGAGCUGAUCGACCGGGUCAAUGUGAUCUACCACAGUGCCGCCACCAUAAAGUUCAGCUCGCCGCUGCGCACCGCCAUUCGCACCAAUCUCACGGGAACGAUGCGCACCAUCGAGCUGGCCAAGCAGGUGAAGCAGCUGGCCGCCUACAUCUACUGCUCCACGGCCUUCUGCAACAGCAACAACCGGGGCCUGAUUGCCGAGGAGGUGUACAAGUCACAGUUCGAUCCCUACGAGAUGAUGAAGAUGGCCGAGGACGACUCCGCCUGGGAGGACUUCACCGACCAGAAGUGCAAGGGCUACAUCCGGGAUCACCCCAACACGUACACGUUUACCAAGAACCUCUCGGAGAACCUGCUGAUGGCCGAGAUGUCCGGACUGCCAGCAGCCAUAGUUAGGCCAUCGAUUGUUUAUGGAACCCUGGAGCACCCGAUGAAGGGCUGGGUGGGCAAUGCGAACUCUGGCCACCUGGGCUUCUUGGCCGGCUUUGUGAAGGGAAUUUUCCGUACCAUGUGCGGUAAUGCUAAUGCUGUGAUCGACAUCAUACCCUGUGACUAUGUGAUCAACUCAUCGCUGGUCAUGGGCUGGUACGUGGGCACCCGGAAGGUGGAGCAGCCGGAGAUCAUCCACUGCACCUCGGGGGAGGUGAAUCCCCUGAACCUCGCCGAGUUCUGCACGAUCAUCAACGACAGCGUGGAACGGCAUCCGCCCAAUAGUUUCGUCUGGAAGCCGGCGACGAAGUUGCGCAAUGGCUGGCGCUACAAUCUGUUCUUCUAUCUGUUCCAUCUGCUGCCGGCAAUGGUCUUCAUCAUUCCAGAGAAGCUCUUCGGAAUCGGAAUGCCGCAGCACACAGCCUACGAGUACAUGCGUGUGUUCCAAAAGGGAACCAAGGCCUUCGACUACUUCCUGGACAAGGACUUCCGCUACUCGCUGAAGAAUGCGCUGCGUAUCUCAGCCUUAAUACCAGAGAGCGAUCGGAAGCGCUAUAACUUCGAUGCCAGCCAGUGCGAUUGGUCGGAGUUCAUCGAUCGCUGUCUGAUAGGCAUCCGGCGCUUCUACUUCAAGGAGUCGGCAGUGACCACGGAAUGGCACCGCAACUAUUGGAAGGUCUUCAAUGUGCUGUACUACGCGGGCUACGUGGUCAUCUUCGCCUUCCUGUACUUCGCCUUCACCCUCACUCUGGGCCUCCAGGUGGGACUCACGCUGGCCGUUCUGGUUUGGGGCUUCCUCGUCUGGUUGUAGUCUGCUGUCUGGAGCGUCAGCCGUUGGACUGUGCAAUAUUCCCGCUCCGAAACCGCCCCCCUCCACAGGGUUGUCCGUUUCCAUCCGCAGUUCGUUCUUAGUAGGGUAUCAUGUAUUUUACUUUUAAGCCUUUCCACACAAGCCAAGUACAAGUCAGACAAGUGUAUCAUUACAACUAUCAAUCGAAGCAACACUAGACGCGAAUCUAUUCACACAGCAAUGCAAGAGUAGCCCAAAACUUAGUCACUUUAACUAAACACUAAAUGUAAAGCAAAUGCAAGUAUAGAUUGUUGUAGUAAUCAACCGGUUUAUAGUCAAAUAGUCGAAGAAUACGAGAACUAAACUUUAAAUGAUUAAAUAUGUAACUAUUAUUCAAAUAAAUAUGACUUUAAUGUUAAGGAAAA